GAAGGGUGUUCGGGCUCGUCCCACCCCCCCCUGGAGGGUUGCUCCACCUGCAACUGGAGCCGUCAUGGAGAAAAGUGGGAACAUUCAGUUGGAGAUUCCUGACUUCAGCAAUUCUGUUCUGAGCCACCUCAAUCAGCUGCGCAUGCAGGGCCGGCUAUGUGACAUUGUGGUUAAUGUUCAGGGCCAAGCCUUCAGGGCACACAAGGUAGUCCUGGCUGCUAGCUCGCCUUACUUUCGGGACCACAUGUCACUCAACGAGAUGAGCACAGUCUCCAUCUCUGUCAUCAAGAACCCCACUGUGUUUGAGCAGCUCCUCUCUUUUUGUUACACUGGGAGAAUAUGCCUCCAGCUGGCCGAUAUCAUAAGCUAUCUGACUGCAGCCAGUUUCCUGCAGAUGCAACACAUUAUAGACAAAUGUACACAGAUCUUGGAGGGCAUUCAUUUUAAGAUCAAUGUGGCUGAGGUUGAAGCGGAACUGAGCCAAACAAGGGCAAAGCAUCAAGAAAGGCCUCCAGAAUCUCAUCGGGCUUCUCCGUCUUUGAAUCGUUCUCUGAGCCCACACCACAGCACUCCAAAAGGAAGCCGUAUGGGCCAAGUCAGCACAGUGCUGGACAUUCGGGAACUGAGUCCUCCUGAGGAGUCUACAAGCCCUCAGAUAAUUGAGCAGAGCUCAGAUGUGGAGAGCAGGGAGCCUAUACUGAGGAUUAAUAGGGCAGGCCAGUGGUAUGUGGAGACAGGAGUGGCAGAUCAUGGUGGGCAGGGUGAUGAUGAUGUCAAAGUCCUUGGAGCAGUACGUAUCAAAACGGAGAACUUGGAGGAGUGGUUGGGGACAGAGAAUCAGCCAUCUGGAGAAGACGGGAGCAGUGCUGAGGAAGUCACCGCCAUGGUGAUUGAUACCACAGGCCAUGGAUCCAUGGGACAAGAAAGUUACACCUUAGGCUCAUCAGGAGCAAAAGUGGCAAGGCCAACCAGCACUGAGAUUGACAGAUUUAGCCCUUCUGGUAGUGUGGUUACUGUAAAUGAGCGGUACAGGUCAAAAAGCGAAUCUCCAUGGCGGAUGGAUGAACCUAAACAGCCUAGUUCCCAGGUGGAAGAGUCUGCUAUAGUUGGAGUGAGUGGCUACGUUGAAUAUCUCCGUGAACAGGAAGUAUCUGAGCGGUGGUUUCGCUACAACCCACGUCUCACUUGUAUCUAUUGUGCUAAAUCUUUCAACCAGAAGGGCAGCCUGGACCGGCACAUGCGGCUCCACAUGGGCAUCACGCCUUUUGUUUGCCGUAUGUGUGGCAAAAAAUAUACCCGCAAGGAUCAGCUGGAGUACCACAUCCGCAAACACACGGGCAACAAGCCCUUUCACUGCCACGUCUGUGGGAAGAGCUUUCCCUUCCAGGCCAUCCUCAACCAGCACUUUCGAAAAAAUCACCCUGGCUGCAUGCCUCUGGAAGGGCCACACAGCAUCUCCCCAGAGACCACCGUCACGUCAAGAGGACAAGGGGAGGAAGAAUCUCCUCUUCGGGAAGAAGCCGGCAUGGCGGGGGAGACAGCACAGGGAUCUGUGUCCACCACGGGGCCAGAUUGAAGCAGAGUGCUCAAUGGGUGAGGGGGAUCCUCUCCAGCUGUAAGCCAACCCCACUGAGAUGGCGAGCCCGUGUUGUCAUUCGUGCAAUGUCGCUGCUGGACAGACAUGCUCCUGAGAUGUUGCCAAAAUAGAAAAGAUAAGAUAACAAAGUGCUAAAAGUCCCCCCUUCUUUUCCUCAUCUCCUUGGGGAGGGGGAAACAAAAACUGGGUCAACUAACCUCUGAUUCAGGGAUUGACAGCUUUUGGGGGUCUUUUAAAGGAAUAAUAAUGAUUCAAUAGCGAUCAAGGAGGGAGAGCUUUUUUAUUUUAUUUUUUGCAAGAGACCCUGUAGUCCUGUGGGCUAUGAGGCAUAGCUGUGGCCAGUGCAGAGCAUCAGCACCUGUAUUCAUCACAGUGGUACCGCCGUAGGAGUCAUGUGGUCAAGAGCUGGCUAGUCUCCCUUUUGUGCCCCCUGCCCCAAACCUCCCAGGUAAUUCUCUUUUGAGAAGAGUGGCUGUCUUGGUAGAACCUACCUUGCCUGACUGUAUUUUAUCUCAUUUUAUUUUGAUGUGUCUUUUUAAAAAUUGACCCAUUACUUAAGGGCUGUGGGGGGUGGGGGCUUGCCCAUUUAAGGUGCAUGGCCUUGCCUGUUUGUUAUGAGGCUAGCAACCUUCUGAGCAGUAUUUUAGAGUUGUUACAAUAUUUAAGUAACUAAGCUACUGAAAAAGAGGGAACUGGCUGUGAGGCUCUGCUGUGGGCGGGGGUGAUAUUUUCAUUGGUGAAACGUGGAUCACGCAGAACACUUUGCAGUCUCUGCGCACUGAAAAAAUGGGGUGAGGUUUCCAGUCAUGAUGAAUUGU